AUGGUUUGCUCCAAUAGCAGUACACUUAUAACAUUCAAUGAUCUGACACUGGACGCAUUGUUACCUGACUACUAUUAUUCUAUAAAUUGGACUAAUGCACUUAUUCAUACGACGAUGUCAAAUACAAGUGGAUACUACACAGCUGCUGUGAAUAUGAGUACUGUAUUAUUCAAUGGCUAUGGUGAUCCAAUGACUAUGAGCAGUCUUAACAAUAAAAGUUUAACUUUGUAUUCCGCUAUUAUGGCAUCAGCAUGGAGAGAUAAUUUACAGUUAACAGUAGCUGGAUAUAAAUCAAAUGCAUUAGUAGCAAUCAAUAAUUUUAUUCUUCAAGUGUUCACCGCGUCUUAUAUAACAUUCAAUGGACUUUCAGGUCUAGACAAUAUUACAUUUUCAACAUCAAAUGGGACAGAAAAUCCCGCUGUAAGUGGACGUGGAGCACACUUUGCCAUGGAUAAUCUUUGCUUAAGUCUUUCAUGA